UGUAUUUUGCAUGUAUUUGGUGAGCCUGCCUUGCUUGCCCUCUUAAAUGCCAAUUCCGCUUCUUACCCUUUAUAAAUACUUUAGUUUCUUCCACAAGUUCCCGAGGCAAAGCUCUGCUCUUUCUCACUCUCUCUUUUUCUCUCUCACUCUUCACUCUUCAAACAUGUCGAUUCCGGCUAUCUGUCCAACGAUGAAGGAGUGGUUUUCUGGAGCAAUGAAAGUGGCAUUUAGGUCCAAAGAAGUUUUUUCUUUGUGGGUUUUGGCUGCAACUUGUGGCUCUGGAUCUGCGUCUAGGCCUUUGCUUAAACUGAUUGUAAAGAAAAUUAUUUUUGCAGUCUUCACCUGCAUUCUUGCAUUAGGAGGAGCCAUUGUGGGAACCAUUCUUGGAGCCAUUAAAGGCCAAACGACAGAGACUGGAUUUCUUAAAGGAGCUGGAAUUGGAGGUCUGACAGGGGCCAUUGCAGCCAUUCAAUUGCUGGAUUCUGCGGUUGAUGGUGAGCCAUUGUCAAAGGCUGCACUGUUAACUAGUUUGGUAAAUGGGAAAGUUUUCAUGGAAUGGAUAAGUCCUGCAUUGCUAAAAGCGUAUCAAUGGCAAGUUAGCACAGUGGAAACAAACUACAGAGAGAUAUCAGACAUCUAUGACAUUGCUGCAAUCAAAGGGUUAUCUCAGCAUUGCAUUCAAAAACUUCCUUCACUGAAAUACCAUUCAAGCAAACUUCCUGAUAAUCCACAUGACUUUUGUUGUUCAGUUUGCUUACAGGAAUGGAAAGAAGGAGAGUCUGUGAGAAGACUUCCCAAGUGUGGACAUUUCUUUCACAUGGAGUGCAUAGACAAAUGGCUGAUGAGGCAGGUCUCUUGCCCUAUGUGUAGAAUCUAUGUUUGUAAUGAUAAUACCAGUGUGUCAUAAAUUACAAUAUUGGUACCAAACGGACCAAAACAGAAAAGUGAAUGCUUUUUUCACUUUUGUGGGAAAUGUUUAUACACGACGGAAUGCAAUAUUUUUUUUUUUUUUUUUUUUUGGUCAUAUAGUCUGUGUCUUUCUGCUGGACAGGUUUGCUUGA